CAACAGCCUGGGCGUUGACAACAUCAAGCAAACAUUCAUUAGGCUGGCGUCGCGUUUGCAUCUGAAGUAUUUAUUUACAAAUAUUAAUAAAAACAACGACAUAGUCCAAUCAAAAUGGUAGUGUUGAGUUCUUGCUGGUCACCCAUAAUUUGGUCAAAUAAUGUUCGCACAGGCAGCUAUUGCGUUGCUGGUUACACGGCCGCAUUAAGUGUGGUAAUGAUUACAUUAAUCAGUUAUAUGCUUCUGGGAGGAGAAUCCGGACAAUUGUAUUCGCCGUUGUUUGAGACAGACAUCAGAUCAUCGAUGCCAAUAGCAGGUGGUUUCUUUAUUAUUUAUUUCCUCUUAAUUAUACUGGCCUCUUAUCUGGUGUGCUAUGGCAUUAAAAUCAAUACACGAGGUUGGUUGUUGCCUUGGUUAUUCUUGAUUGGCCUCGCGAUUCUCUUUCAAUUCUGUUGGAGUCUUUGGUUGAUUGGAGGUUACUAUAUUUACCUGGAACAAACAUUUUCAGCGCUCCUGAACUUCGUGUGGAACGCAUAUAAUAUUUACUGCUGGCUUGUUGUGUUCUCGCAAUACCAAAUCUUCUUGGCGAUUCAGAAUCCAAACAUCGAAUUGCUAAUGCCAUAGAGUCAGUUUACAACGCCAGUAACUCGUCCAUUAUCGAAUAUUUUUCAUAUUUUACUUUUACACUUUUUGGCUAGCUAAGCAAACAACAAAUCCGUCCAUAGCCAAUUUUACAACAAUGGCAUUCCACUCACACCAGACGUGUCUUCUACCCUAAAUAUACAUUAAAUAUAAAUGACAAUUAUACACAUAUCUAAGAAUUAUACAAGACGAAACGAAUAUUUAUAUAUAAAUACAAAUUACUAUUUUAUUGUAAAA